AGCACACCAGGCGCAAAAGGCAGGACCCACAGGGCCAGCACCGUCGAUCUGCAGUGCGUAUGAAAAUCGUCAGCACCGCAAAGAGAAGGGCUGCAUGGAGUCACAUCACCCGCAUGACACCCACGAGCUCUCUCUCUCUCUCUCUCUGUGCUGAGCACACGGCUGGCCACCCCGGCAACGAGGAAGAGAACAGCGGACGUGUGUAUAUACGUACAAACAUGUGUAGAUGUACACAUCAACGACGUCCACCCAUACACAUAGUCUGCAGCCGGCAUCAAAGCAUAAAUAAAGUGGCCUGUGCUACAAAUAAGUCGAUAUGACCUGUACGUAUCCAUGUGUGAGUGCAUGUGCAUGUGCACGUGACAGGAUCCGUGAGUCUGUCAAGCACACCCACCCACACACUCAAAUAUGAACUUGGCGAUAUGAUAUCAUCCCAAGCAGGCAUGAAACCUGCAUGUCCUCUUCAUGAAACCGCAAAAACGCUUUCGAAACGCACCCAUGGCCACCCAGACGACGCAGCCCUCCACUUAUGUGCACAUGUCGACAGCAAAACACCGGCCGUGUCAUCACUUGAUGCCAAAGUGGUGCAGCACGGCGCCCCAGUGGUCGAGGCAGCUUUUCCGCACCUCGGAUGGGAUCCUGGCGCCGUUCUCAGGGGUGUCCUCCUUGUGAUACAAAGCGGCCCUGACAAAGUGUGCGUCUGGGCCAAGUCCACUGUGCAUGGUCCACACGUUCCCGAAGGCGACGAUCGUGUCGCCAUGCCGAUGGCCAUGCACGAUGACGUAGCGGUAGAGGCUGAAGCUACGUCCUGCCGGCCGGAAGUUGUCCAGGUCCCCCCAAUCCAUCAUGUGCUCCAUGGUGAGGUAAUCGCCGAUGCCGAUCGGCUGUGUGGCAAGGGCGACAAACUUGUCGUUGAGAGCGCCGUCGUAGCCGGUGACCUCCUUGUGUUGGGGCGAGUCAAACAAUGGCAGGGUGCUAAUCAUGGCGAAGAUGGUGAACGAGGGAUAAAGCAUCGUGGUAUGCCGAAUGACGGGGUCGCUCGUCGAGUACGAGGCCUGCAACGAGGUGAACGUCAGGACGGAUACAGACAGAAGGAAGAGCGCAUAACAGAUUCACCUUGUAGGGAUGGUCGUCAGGCAGAUGGCCGUAGGGAAUGAUGUGGAAUGCCGUAUCUCCCAACCUGUACCGGUCAGCCGUGUUGUAGUCGAGAGCGCUGAUGUCCGAGCCGCCGGGCUGGCUCUCGAUGCUGUGGACCGACCCGGCGUGCGACUCCAUAUCCUCCUCAUCCUGAAAUCGACGGUUCCAAGCCUCUUGAGCUGACACGACACAGACAGACAGACAGACAGAAUCAGGAAGACUGUCCUCGUUGCGUGGUGUGUCGACGCACGCGUGUACCUACCUCGUGUCUCGAGCAUCGCGUGGCGGUCCCUCAGCCUCGCCCUGAUGACCAAACACACAUACUCCCAGUGUGCCGUGUUGUGAGUUGCGCGUACAGUCUUGCCUGUGUAAGGUACGUACCGCUGCGACGGGUCGAGCUCGAUGACGUCGUUCAUGUCCCAGAGUGCAUGGUCCCACUUGCCCUGCGCCUCGUAAGCACAGCAGCGACGGUAGUAGGCCUACACACAGCACACGGACAUGAAGGGCCUGACGUGUUGCUGCACAUGAUGGUGUGAUAUCUCUGGCGACCUUGACGUAUUGCUCGUCAUGUUUGAUGCUCUUGCUGCAGUCGACAAUCGCAGCAUCAUAGUUGCCCUGCUGAAUGUGACACGCACCCCUGACCAACACACAACACGACACGACGCAGCACAGCACACACAGUGAGCCCUAUUGUUCUCUUCAUCCCCCGUUGCUCUCUCUCUGUACAGGUUGGCGAGUACGAUAGCCUUGAGGCCUGGCUGAUCCCGGGGGCACACAUCCACCGCAUCUGCUCAACGCGCGCACACCCACACCCACACCCACACCAUACGCAUGUCAUGGCUCCCACCCCCCUCACGCACCCACUCUCUCACCUGAGUAGGGUUUGAUGGCAUCGUCGUAGCGCCCCUCCCGAUAGUGCACGUUCCCCGCCUCCUUGAGCCGCUCGCACGCCGCCUUGUCCAUCACCACCAGGGUCUGCUCCCGGCCCUCAUUGCUCAGCAGCUGCCGGAAUGUCUUGUAGACGCCCAUCACCAGCGGCAGCUUGCGGAAGGCCGUCGUGGUGGGGAUGGUGUCCAUGAUGCCCAGAGGCGGCAGCACGAUCGGCAGCUGCUCCACCACCUCACAGUUCUUGGCCACGCGUGCGAAUGGCGCCAUCGACGGCCACAGCGCCGCCCCCUCCUCAAAGAGCCAUGCGCACCGGGAGAGGUAGCCGAAGUAGGUGAGCCCAUCGGGCAUCACCACCUCAGCAUGCGCAUCCGUCGUUGGGGCGCUCGUCGGGGCGGCGCCAUCUCCCUCCUCAUCUUGGUUGCUGUCCUCAUCUUGGUGCUGCCGGUGGACGUCGAAGAGUCCGUCGAGGCCGUGGCGGGUCAGGGAGCCCUCGAUGCGGCGGAGCAUCACCGUGUUGUCGAUGAGAGAGCCCUCAGUGCCGGAGAUGCAUCUGACGCUGAGCAGAUCACGGAUAGUACCGAAGCGGCUGCUACGCCACAGAUCCAGGGGCACCUGAUGCGACAUGAUGCCUGGGAAAAACGGACGGCUGGAAAAACGCCACGGUUCGUGCGAC